AUGGGCGUAUUCAACCCUAAAAUGCUGGACGCUAGCAUCCGUGACGUUGUUUCAUCGCUCUCGAAUGACCAGAAGACGGACGUCCUCCUCUACGCAAUGGCACUCCUCCCAUCCAACCCAAGCUCUAGAACCAUCAUCGAGAAUGCAGUCCAGUCCUGCCUCCAGAUCUCUUCCGUGUAUCCACGGAAGGUGAUUCAGGCUCGGCUCCUCCGAGCGAAAGCCAGGUUUGCGACCGGAUUACGCGGCGCGGCUCAUCAGGAUUUACAAGCAAUUCUUCUCAUUGAUCCUAAUCAUAGCGAGGCGAGAGCUCUCAUGCCGCAAGCUGGUGCCAUGUCAGCGGCGGGAGAGCUCACUGGCAACGUCAAUGGCCAGCCACGAUUCUCUCCUGAGCUUUGGCGGGAGAUCGCGACGUACCUUCCUCGAAAAGACCUGAAGAACCUCCUGUUCGUUCCCCACGCCCUUUCCAGCGUUGCCAGCCAAUUGCUGUUCAGGAAGUUGCAUUUGCAAUUUGGGACCGGACGGUUCUAUGCUUCGAACGACGGGCUGAGCGACGGCUCAGCGAUAGAUAAAUGGCAUGAUCAACGUAGCGCGGAUAUAUUGACGCGGAUCGUAUCUGAUCCAAAUUACGCAUGCCUGGUCAGGACUUUGGUUGUAUCUGCGCCACAAAGGGAAGAGAGUGUGCUAACGACCUUUCAAAUAGGAAUGUUGGCAAACGCGCUUCCAAAACUCACAAACCUGAAGACAUUCAGUUGUUCUAUGGGAACCCAGACGAUGGCAUCGGUCCUCUCGACUCUCGAAAAGACACAUCCAAACUUGCGAGACUUGCGCCUAGUUUGUACUACCGAUCAAUCGCCUCCUCUUCCUCAACUUCCUCAACUAACCAGCUUCACCUAUAUUAGUAGCGACCUUGCGCCUGCGCUAAAGGGCUAUGCAUCGGACUUGGUCGUUACUCUCCGCAAGAUUUCGAUCCAUGUCUCCUGCGUCGCUCCGGCCGGCCUCAUCUCGGUGAACAACCUCACCACUGUUGAUGUGACAGCCAUUAUUGAAGAUACGAGCUUCUUCACGGAGCUUCUGACGAACGGGCACUAUCUGGAGAUCCUCCGCAUUCAAUGCCGACUAGGGGGCCGAUGUGUACCAUCGAAAGCAUUCCGAAAUGUCGCACCACUCCAGGCGUUGCGUAGCUUCGUUCUGAACAUCUUGUCAGUCCCUCGUGAAUUCAACGAUCCAGACUUAUUCCCUUCUGUCGCCAAUUUCGUGCGACAACAUCCCUUCUUACGUGGACUGGGCAUACUCAAGUCUCAUGAAGUCGAUCGCGUCAACUACGAUGCAUCAAUUUGGGGGGUUCUACCUACUCUAGGACAACUGCAGUCGCUAUCGAUAUACAUCCCGAACGAUCUCGCUCUCACGUUAUCGACCUGGCUCAUUCCGCGCACGGUGACUUCGUUGCACAUGACUACUCCUCCUAAUCAAGACACUUCCCUGAUAGCACAGGCUUGGCCGGGUCUUCCGCCGAAGAUCAAAUUCUUAUCCUUGACUACCCAGUUGACACAGGAAAUGCAGAAUUCACUGCUAGACAAACUUCAAGAUCUUAGACUGCUUCGUUUGCAGGGAUCGUACCAUACAGUACUGAGGGACGAGAUCAAUAUGGUCGAGGGGGAGAGUUGGCCUGCGCGCCGAUCGAGGUUUUAUUCCCAGGAUUGGUACGAAUGGCUUGAUUGCGAGGAACCUGGCCUCAUGAGUGCCGGUUUAUCAUACUUGCACGUGUAGUUGUAUCAUCAGUGGUUGCACUAGUCUGGAUGGGGUUUUUUAUUCGCCUUCCAUACUUUC